GAAAUACUUAUUUAAGUGUUGCUGACUAGACGUUGUUGAAGCGUCGUAUUAACCGAAUAACAAAAAUAGAACAAGUAGACGGACAUUUCUACCAAAAUGUCAAAAUUACAGUUGUUGCAAGCGUUUCUCUCCGAUCGAUUAACAACAGUGGCUGUAGAGAUAUCCGUGGUAGUGGAAAAUGCGUUUGCAGAGUACCAGGAGGAGAUGUCACGUUCAAAGGAGGAGAAUCAACGCCUGCAGAGGCUGCUGGAUUCGGUUUUUAAUCCCGAUCUGAAAUUACAUAAAGCAGACCCCCUGCAGCUCACUCUCACCGUCUCUGAAGACGAGGUUCCCUCUGACCAGCAGCACUCGGAGCAGGUUUGGAGUGAUCAAGAGGACACAGAGUUCUUCAUUCCCUGUGUGGAAAGUGACAGUGACCAGGGCUCACACCUUUACCAAACUGGGAAGAACAGCAAGAGGGACUCCCUAUCCACAAUUGUAGCAGAACAGAUCCAAACAAAACCUGAUGGAGAGGAUGACGGAAUAUCCGAAUCAACCAGUUAUGCUCCCCUCACACAGUUAAAGCCUCUAAAAAUCAAGAGAACACGGUUAAAGAAAGGACAAAGCUCUUACAUCUGCGCUGAGGUCAAGACAACCAGUGAGCUGAUAGAGCCACUGAGGGAUCACACGGGGAAGAGGUCCUACAGUUGUACUGAAUGCACAGCAACCUAUGACAGACCGUGUCAUUUGAAAACACACAAGAGAACUCACACCGGUGAGAAACCAUUUGAGUGCAAAGACUGUGGUAAAUGCUUCAACCGCAAGUAUUGCCUGCACGUGCAUAUGUUAACACACACACGGGAGAAACCGUACUGCUGCCAUUAUUGUGGCAAAUGCUUCGCUCUAAACACAAGGCUAAUAGAUCAUCUGAGGAUACACACAGGGGAGAAACCAUACAAGUGCCCUUUCUGUGCCAGAUGCUUUACAUUUCUAUCUCACUUAAGUCGUCACAAGAAGCUCCAUACAGGAGAGAGGCCAUUUCAAUGCAAUGUAUGUGGGAAAUGCUACACACGGAAGGAGCACCUGACAGACCAUAUGAGAUCCCACACUGGAACAAAACCAUACAGCUGUAAGCAAUGUGGCAAAUGCUACAAACUGCAGGGAAACCUGAGAUCGCAUAUGGCGAGUCACACAGGGGGGAAAUCAUGCAAGUGCCCUGUGUGUGGACUAGGUGUUAUAAAUCUUAAUCGCCACAUGCAAGUUCAUGCAGGAGAGAAACCGCAUCAAUGCCAAGAUUGUGGGAAGUGCUUUAACCGAAAGGAAAAACUGACAGAGCACUUAAGGACUCACACAGGAGAGAAACCGUAUCGAUGUCAUGAUUGUGGUGAAUGCUUUAGGCUCAAUGUAACCCUGAAGAAACACAUGAUGACGCACACUGCUGCGGCAAGUACUUCUCCAUGAAAGAAGAUAUGGGAACUCAAGAAGACACACACAGGGACAAAUCUGUUCACUGCUCAGUGCAUUGCAUGUUUCAGCAAUAUUGUUUAGAUUGAAUUUGAACAAUGUUUCAGUCAGAAGGGUACAAAAGCUGAAAAACAUACGCACAUCCAGUCAGAAGGGUACCUUGAACUGUGACAUGUGGUUUUAAACAGGACAGAAACUGUAUAGGUGCAAUGAUUCUGGUCAAUGCCCUAAUCAAAAGACAUGCUUGGGGGAAAAAAUGGAAAAAACAUUUACUGUGCAUUUUUGAUGCAUUUGAAGAACACAACACCACAGUAUGUGAAAAAAUAUCAAUCUUGAAAGAGGUUUGUGAGGUGCAAAUUAACAGUAUAUGUCGAAAAUAAAGUUUUGACCUCGUAGCUAUUAUGAUUUUAAAUUAUUUACAGUGACAAAAAUAUAAACGCAACAUAUUUCAUGAGCUGAAAAAAGAGCCCCGAAUUUUUCCAUACACACAAAGCUUAUUUCUCUCAGAUGUUGUGCACGAAUUUGUUUACAUCCCUGUUAGUGAGCAUUUCUCCUUUGCCUAGGUAGUUCCUCCACUUGAUAGGUGUGGCAUAUCAAGAAGCUUAUUAAACAGGAUGAUCUUUACCUAUGUGCAGCUUGUGCUGGGAACAAAAGGCCACACUAAAAUGUGCAGUUUUGUCACACAACACAAUGCCGCAGAUGUCUCAAGUUUUGAGGGAGCGUGCAAUUGGCAUUCUGACUGCAGGAAUGUCCACCAGAUUUGUUGCCACAGUAUUGAAUAUUUAUUUCUCUCCUAUAAGCUGCCUGCAAUGUCGUUUUUGAGAAUUUAGCAGGAAGUCCAACCGGCCUCAUAACCGCAGACCACGUGUAACCACGCCAGCCCAGGACCUCCACAUCCGGCUUCUUCCCAUGCGGGAUCUUCUGAGACAAGCCACCCAGACAGCUGUUGAAACUGAGGAGUAUUUCGGUCUGUAAUAAAGCCCUUUUGUGGGGAAAAACUCAUUCUGAUUGGCUGGGCCUGGAAUCCAAAUGGGUGGGCCUAUGCCCCUGCCCACCCAUGGUUGCCCAUUCAUGUGAAAUCCAUAGAUUAGGGCCUAAGUCAUUCCUUUAUAUGAACUGUAAAAUUGUUGAAAUUGUUGCAUGUUGCGUUUAUAUUUUGUUCAGUAUAUUAUUUCAUAAUUUCUUGUUAACAAUAUUAAACUUAGAUCUUCACCACCAGUUAUACUGUAAAUGCUUAUGCAAACACUGUUGCCUUCCCUAGGUUUCCCCCCAUUUGGAGACAGCCCUUUUUUCUUUUUUUUAAUGUGUUUUGAGUUGCAGUGACCUUUUUAUUUAAUAUAUUUUGUGUGCCUCAUUCUAAUUUAGUAUGAUUUCUUUGGCAGUGACCUUUUAUGUAAUAUAUUUUGUAUUUUCGUACGAAAGCUGAAGAAAAUACACACAUCACAUGUUUUUUUUUGCAGGUGCUGGAGUUAUAGGGGAACUACCUCAUUAGCCCAGAUGAUUUUAUUGUUACAUAGGAUGGAUGCCUGAUGAGACCUAAGGGUCAAAAUGUUGUAACUUCAAAAUCACUUGGGAGCAUGAACAGCAGUGGGCGCCAUUUUGCUUUUAUUUUUCACCUCAUUCUAAUUUUACACGAUCUAUGGCUUGCUCUGUUUUUCCCUUGUGUUUUCUAAUUGAUUAAUUGCAGACUCCCCCUUGGCUGUGCUCCUUGGAGAUGGGAGUUGGCCCAGGCAUGCCACAACUGGGCCUGAUUUGAUUUAAAGAGCUCCCACACAACUGAAAAGGAGCUUUCAGCCCCAGUCUAGGCCUGCUGCUGGAGGGAGAAGACACCCAGUCAGCAUAGAUACCAGGAGCCAGAGGGGGACCAGAGUCGACAACGCUCUCUACCACACAGAUAAAUGGCAAUCGAUCCCUAAGCAUGUGAGGGUGAGGUCGAAUACUUCUAAUCAGAAUGGAUCCCUCCCUCAUCCAUGUUUUUCUCUCUCCCUCUGUCUACCACUGCUGUUCCGUGGGCUGGGUGCCCACAAUGGAUGACGGCGCGUGACUACCGACACGCAAACAAACGAUGGAAUGGUGGUGGCCAUCUUGAGGACCUCCAGCAGCAUGGAUUGUAUCUCUGUAUUUGCAGGUUCCAUCAAGUAUAAUUUUAGAUUUUAUGAGACCUUCUUGAAAUGAAAUUUAAUACCAAUUUUGAGAUCUGCGUGCGCCACAAACCUGCUAAUAUUCCAAUAUUUUUUUCACGCCGUCACCAAUAGAAAGAAUGAGUAGGCUAAUCGUCUUCUAAUAUCAUAGAAAGGACAAACAUCGUGCUGCACUCUACCUUAAAAAAAUUAAAUUGAGUGCUGGAUCCUCGUGUGUGUGUGUAUAAUCCAAAGAUCAGAAAUAGGUAAAUAAACUUAUAUUUAUAUUUGUAUUGCCGCACAAAGGUUCGGUACGAGCCCAUGAAGACAUUUGCAUAAUUGGGCACAACUGUCAAUCCCAUAGCAGUUCCUUGAACCUGAAGAAACGUUUGAAGACCAUUAUCUUUAGGUUCAAGGAACUGCUAUGGGAUUGCCAGUUGUGCCCAAUUAUGCAAAUGUAUUUAUGGGCUUGUACCGAACGAGGGAAAUUGAGUUGGACUUUUUUUAUACGGUAAUAAUCUCCUAUUCUAAUAAGUUCAUCAAAGUGUUUAUGAGAUCGAUGACAUCUUUUUUUUCAUUUGGUCAGGUAAUGAUCUUAAAUUGGAGGAAUUGUAUACAUACAUGAAUUCAUUAAUGCCAUCCAUUAAAUUACGUUAGUAUCCGAUUAAAGAACAUGUUUCCUUUUUUGGUAAGAUGGCAAUUGCUUGCACACUGAGGUGUAUAGAAAAGAACGGGAUUGAAAUACCUUUCUUCAUUUCAACAGUUAUCAUACUUUUUUUUUUACCAUAGCCAACUCCUUUGCAUUAGGCACAUUUGUGACUGUGAUUAAUCAUUCGAUGUACAUGCCAAAUAUUUCCGUGAACGAUUCAAAACAAGAGGGUAUAAAGAGUCAUUAUUGGACAAUUGCCUUUAGAGAGUAAGACAAGCGGAAUGCAUUAUUGCAACCACGUCAAAGGAAUCCCUCCUCUCUCAGCAACUUUGGUGUCCACCUACAGUCCUAUUUCAAGGUCGACCAAGGAAGAGUUUAAUUGACAUUGGCACAUAUUACACAGUGACCCCAGCUUUGAUAAAGCGUUUGUAUCCCCUCCUGAGGUUUUGCUAUAGGAGACCCUCAAAUUUGAGGGAUUGUUUAGUAAACUCAUAUUGGCCUAAGAAAAAAGCAUCCCAUUUUAUGUGUAUCAUUCAUUCCUUUCUUAUCCAUCCCCAACCAGAUGAGAGGGUAAAGGUUUGAGGUAGAAUAACAAGUAACACGAAACACGUUGUAUAUCUCCUUAAGUGUUCCUGUAACUUUUAUGAUGUGGAUAAGCCCAAAUGUGGAGUUAAGACAAGGAUAUGUGAGCAUAAGAGCUCCUUUCGCAACCAUGAUGAGAAAUCACCUGCUGCCAGGCAUUUCAAGAGCCGUAAUCAUGAACUAAUUGCCUUACUUUAUAUGGGUAUUGAAUUGGUGAAUGCGCCAUAUAGGGGAGGAGAUGGGGAUAAAUUACUUCUCCAAAGAGAGGUACAGUGCAUUCGGAAAGUAUUCAGACCCCUUGACUUUUCCCACAUUUUGUUUCAUUACAGCCUUAUUCUAAAAUGUAUAAAAUAGUCCCCCCCCCUCAAUCUACACACAAUACCCCAUAAUGACGAAGCAAACGUUUUUUAUACAUUUUUCAUAAACUUUACUCUGUACCUUGUUGAAGCACCUUUGGCAGCGAUUACAGCCUCGAGUCUUCUUGAAUAUGACGCUACAAGCUUGGCACACCUGUAUUUGGGGAGUUUCUCCCAUUCCUAUCUGCAUAUCCUCUCAAGCUCUGUCAGGUUGGAUGGGGGUCGUUGCUGCACAUGUAACAGAUGUAAAUUGUACUCUCCUUGCGUUGUGUUUUGUUCAAAUAAAUCACCCCAGCCAGUGUU